AUGACGGCCCCGCAGGUCUGCACCCGUUGCCGCAAGAGGCGCAUCCGCUGCGAUCUCCAGCUUCCCGCGUGCAAAAACUGCCGUCUCGCUGACGUCGAGUGCUUCUUCUGGGACAAUGCCCUCGGCCAGGAGGUGCCCUGCAGCUAUUUGCAUUUACUGCGGCAACGUGUCGCCGGGCUCAAGCGCGACCUGGAAGCUGUUGAAGCGCGGAAGGCGUCCUCCGCUGCGGCUGCGGCUGCGACUGCGACUGCGGUCGUGCCGUCACCCACCGUCGACCUCGAAGGUGCUGUUGCUCUCACGGCCUUGGCGGACCUGUCGCAGGGGCUGCAGCGCGGAAGUGCAUGGUUGCAUCCUGCACGUGGACAAGGAACGGAAAGCAAUCGCGGCUACCACCUGCUAGUGACACCGCCACUGGGGGCUGAUGCAGUCAGUGACAUAAAUAGUGACGGCCUUAGCUUGGCGUCGUCACUGUCGUCGUCGGCGCCGGUUGUUCCCUCGCACACAUCGUACCUCGGGCCAGGAAGCACCGCACGCCUGGCGGAGACGGUGCUCCAUGCCGCCAUCGACCGGCAUUCUGUCAACGGCGGCAACAGCCUUUCGUUGCCACGCUCUCUGCAGCAACCAAAGGACGCCGACGGCGCGUUCCAGAACGUACCCCUGUCGUUGUCUUCUCGCUCGAGGAACAAUGUGUUGGGAUUAGGAGGCACGACGGCCGCCGGCCCGCCGCCAACUCUGUCCAUCCUCCACGAUCCCCGCAAAGAAGCGGAACUGCACACCCUCGUGCCCCUCGCCACCCAGCGCGCCCUGCUCGAGCACUACUCGGCCGUCGUCGGCGCGUCGUCUCCCUGCUACGACAGCCUGUUGCCCGCCGAGCAGGAGGCCGCCCUGCUGCAGCGCGCCGGCAGCGGCAGCGAGAAUCCGCUCAAGUGGGCGAGCGCCCAUCGCGGCACUGCUGGCGCGUACGCAACGACGGCCGUGUUUGCUGUUGCGACAGCGCUUGCCUCGCGAGACCUCUGCCCAAGUGCGUGCGGCGGCGAGGGCGGCCGCAUGGCGAUGCUGGCCAUGCGCUUCCGCGACGAUGUGCAGGCCCUGGUGGGAGUCGAAGCGGAAAAUAUGACUGGCCUGAAAAGCGUAAAACGUAUGACGACUGUGAAAUCAAAGGGCACGCACGAGAACGGCACCAGCACGCUUCACAGUCUGGAACGAACGCGCUGGACAGCCACGGCCUUGGCCACGCUGGCCUUGUGUGACAUGAUCCAGCCGACGUCCGGCCAGCUCUGGGACCUUCUCGGUGCUGCCAUCAGCGUGCUGGCUGACCUCCGCGAAGGCUACCAUCUCCGCCACCGCGCGCCCGAGGACGACGCCGACUUUGUGCGCCUGGAGCGGACAAUGCUGCGCAUGGAGGCCCGAAUGUCCCUGCAUUUUCGGCGGCCUUCGCCGUUUUGUGACCAAUAUCUUCUUGGACGGGGCAGCAGCUUCAGUGGAGGAGGCAGCCGUGAAUUGGAGUGGCAGCAGCUGCUCUCGGCCUCGUUUACCCCGGCGUCAUCGGUUGUCAUCGACGAUCUGGUCGUUUUACGGACUUGUAUGCAGAUCCGCCAACAUCUCGAGGCACGGCCGCAAAUCCCCGACUAUCUUCUCGAGAGUCUGAUUCCCGUUCCCCUUCAAGUCCUGGCGGCGCCUCCUCUGACCCGCACUCGCCUGGCCGAUACCACGGCGGCACCCCCAAUGUCCGUCCAGUCCGCCACCGUCUACAUGGCCCUGCAUCCCGUCGUCGUUUUCCCCGACAUGAUCUUGAAAGGCGGGCAAUUGUCCGCCCCCUCUCGUUUGUUUCAAAUUGUGGCGGGUGCGGCGUGUGUCUUGCUCGAUGAAUACGCCCGCCAAAACCCGCGUCACCGAAUUUCCAGUUUGUGGAUGUCUGCCGAGCGCAUCGUCGAAGCCGGUAUUGUCUGGGUCCUGUAUGUUCUGGCCCACCAACAAUACGGACUACUCGACGUUGGAACGGCCAUGCGGCCCAUCCUGCACGUGUCUUCACUCCUGGCAUCCUUUGCCGCGCGCUGGAAAGCGGGCACGGCCUAUGUCGAGCCCUGGGAAACCCUGGUCGAGUUGAUGUGGGGAAUCCUGGGCUGA